AUGCCCCGACUGACAAGUCCCGUGGCCCUGGCCCUGGCCCUGGCCACCGCCGUUGCCGUGGCCCUCUCCAUGCCCCUCCUGGCCACCGCCGCCCCCAGCACCACCACCGCCGCCCCCCAGCCCGUCAUCGCCAACGGCAGCAGCGUGGCCGUGGCCCCCCUGGCCGAGGCGUUCCUCUUCUGCUGGGUGGACGCCGCCGCCGCCGUGCAGGAGGUGGAGUGGCGGGACGCCGCCGACAAGCCGCUGCCGUCGUGGACGCCCGGCGCCGACGCCUUCCAGCUGGGCCGCGACCGACACCUGCCUCACGCCUAUCUGGUGCUGGCCGACUUCCGGCAGGACCUGGCGGGCGUGUACACCUGUGUGGCGCGCGGCGAGGCGGGGGUGGAGGGGCGCGCCAGCGUGGCCGGGCACGGCGCCACACUCGCCUUUGACAGCACAAGCACCUCCAGCACGCCCUGCCGAAGGACUGAAGAAGACGCAGCACACCGCCUCCAGCAGCACCAGCACAAGCCAGACACAGCGCAAAGGAGUCGUCGCCGGCGGUGCCAGCAGCAGCAGAACACUGACGAGACCACACACGGCAGCAGCGGCGUCCCCGUCAGCGGCAAGGGAAGAAGACACACUCAGGAAGACACGCACAGCAAGGAGACCGUCCACAGCCGCAGCCGCGGAGCCACAGCCGCCGACACAGCCGCCGACACAGCCGUCAACACAGCAGGAGUCUCCGGCGGCCCCACCAGAGCCGACACCGGAACAGUCAGCAAGUCCACGAUGCCCCGACAGACAAGUCCCGUGGCCCUGGCCCUGGCCCUGGCCACCGCCGUGGCCGUGGCCCUCUCCAUGCCCCUCCUGGCCACCGCCGCCCCCGCCGCCGCCGCCCCCCAGCCCGUCAUCGCUAACGGCAGCAGCGUGGCCGUGGCCCCCCUGGCCGAGGCGUUCCUCUUCUGCUGGGUGGACGCCGCCGCCGCCGUGCAGGAGGUGGAGUGGCGGGACGCCGCCGACAAGCCGCUGCCGUCGUGGACGCUCGGCGCCGACGCCUUCCAGCUGGGCCGCGGCCGACACCUGCCUCACGCCUACCUGGUGCUGGCCGACUUCUGGCAGGACCUGGCGGGCGUGUACACCUGUGUGGCGCGCGGCGAGGCGGGGGUGGAGGGGCGCGCCAGCGUGGCCGUCAGCCUGGACGACGCGGCGCCCUGGGCACGGCGCUGACCUCAGCACCGCGUCAGCGUGGCCGUCAGCCUGGACGACGCGGCGCCCUGGGCACGGCGCUGACCUCAGCACCGCGUCAGCGUGGCCGUCAGCCUGGACGACGCGGCGCCCUGGGCACGGCGCUGACCUCAGCACCGCGUCAGC